CUGAGCGGCGCCGGGCCGGGGGGCGGGGGGCCGAGGGGCCGGGGGGCCGGGGACCGCGGGGCAGCCGCCGAUGCGGACAGGCAGCGGCGCGGGCGGGUGCCGCGGCGGCUCGGGCUGGGGCGGGCGCCGGCAGGAUGGCGGCGGUGCCGCUGCGGCCCUGCAGAACCGCUGUCCGCCUCCUGCCGGUGCUCAGCGGGGGGACGAGGAGCAAGGGAGCCUCCCUGAGCCCCGGAGUGCCGGGCCGCCUCACCCAGCGGCGCUACAAGAAGGACGUGCUGCCCUCCCCCGAGGGGCCCGUGCCCUCCGUCUCCAUCACUGAGAUCCGGCAGUACCUGCGGGCCCAGGGCAUCCCCUUCCACGAUGGGUACAGCUGCCUGCACACCCCCAGCCUCUUCACCAGUGGCCAAGAGGCCCAGCCGCCGCCCUCCAGCUCUUCUUACACGCUUUUCAUUGACAAGACCACGGGCAGCUUCCUCUGCACGGCCACUCUGGCUGAGGGCACCUGGCAGGACUUCCAGGCCAACGUGGAGCUGCGGCACCGCGGCAUUCCCCCUGCCAGCUCGGAGGAGCCGGAGGAGGACACACAACAGGCUCGCAAAGAUGCCCACAGCAUCUGGGACCGGGCGGUGCCACUCUGGGAGCUGCUGGAUGAGGAGGAGACCAACAAGACCAAGGCCAUGUUCGGUAUCUCCCUGGUGACAGACACCACCCUGAAACGCUUUGGGGUGCGUUAUCUGAGGACUGCCAAGUCACUCGUCUUUCCCUGGUUCAGCCCCCGCGAUGCGACGCUGAAGGGCUUGAAGCUCAUGAAAAUGGAGAAGAAGGGAGAUGUGAUAUCUUACGUGGAAGAAACAUUACCCCGCUUCGAUUCCUAUCGCAAUCUCUUUGGGCUGCCCCUCAUCGGCCGCCGAGACACAGAGCUGGUCUUAACUGGGUGGGAGCUGGACGCCCUGGCCCUGCACCAAGCUACGGGGGUAGCCAGCCUGGCCCUGCCACGGGGGGCCACCUGCCUGCCCCCUGCCCUUCUGCCCUACCUGGAGCAGUUCAAGCGCAUCACGCUGUGGCUGGGGGAGGACCUGCGCUCCUGGGAGGCCGCCAAGCUUUUUGCCCGCAAACUGAGCCUGAAGCGCUGCUCCCUGGUGCGCCCUGGUGACCUGCAGCCCCGGCCUUUGGAGGCUCUAAACCAGGGCCUGAACCUCACUAGGAUCCUGCGUGCCGCCCUGCCUGCCAGCCACAAAUCCAUCAUUUCCUUCCGGAAGCUGCGCGAGGAGGUGUUUGGGGAGCUGGUCAACACCGAGCAGGUGGCUGGCAUCAAGUGGGCACGCUUCCCCGAGCUCAACAAGCUUCUCAAAGGGCAUCGCAGAGGGGAGCUCACCAUCUUCACAGGCCCAACAGGCAGUGGGAAGACGACCUUUAUCAGUGAGUACGCACUGGACUUGUGCAUGCAGGGGGUGUGCACACUGUGGGGCAGCUUCGAGAUUAACAACGUUCGCCUGGCCAAGAUCAUGCUGACGCAAUUUGCCGCCCAGCGCCUGGAGGACCAGCUGGAGCUGUAUGACGAGUGGGCUGAUCGCUUUGAGGACCUCCCGCUCUACUUCAUGACCUUCCAUGGCCAGCAGAACAUCAAGACAGUGAUUGACACCAUGCAGCAUGCCGUCUACAUGUACGACAUCACCCACGUGGUUGUUGACAACCUUCAGUUCAUGAUGGGACACGAGCACCUCUCUGUGGACAGGCUCGCUGCCCAGGACUACAUCGUUGGUGCCUUCCGCAAGUUCGCCACGGAGAACACUUGCCACAUCACACUGGUCAUCCAUCCCCGCAAGGAGGAUGACGAGAAGGAGCUGCAGACAGCCUCCAUCUUUGGUUCUGCCAAGGCCAGCCAGGAGGCUGACAACGUGCUCAUCCUGCAGGACCGUAAGCUGGUGACAGGGCCAGGGAAGCGCUACCUGCAGGUAUCCAAGAACCGCUUUGAUGGAGACGUGGGCGUCUUCCCCCUGGAGUUCAGCAAGGCCUCGCUCACCUUCUCAUCUAGCAAAAGUAAGGUCAAGGUGAAGAAGAUGAAGGAGGAGAAGGCGGUCUUAGCCAAGAAAGCACCGGAGGGAGGCUCGGGAAGCUCCAAGAAGCGAUGAGCCUGGCAGGUCUCUUCCUUGGUCUGUCAGGAGGGAUGGGGACUGGUGCUGGGGGCAUGGACCUGGGGCGUGUCGGUCCCUCCUGCCCCAGGAGCAGCAGCCGCAUGCUGCUGUGGCCCUUUCUCCUCCUGUGUGAACAAGCCUCAUGGCCACCAGCAUGGUGUCUCUGAGAUGUGGGGCCAUCAUGAGAGAAAUGGGCUCAUCCCAGAGAAGAGUGGCCAGGGGAAGGUGCUUUGGCAAACACUGGCCGCUCUGUACUGGUGCUACGUGCGGGGGAACUGAGUCAGCAAGGGUUGAGUGAGGGUCAUCUCUGGACCUGGGGCAGGUUGUUAAAUUGUGGCUAAAAUGGAGCAAAAGUCCUGGGCUGUCACUGGUGGGGGGAGCUGUGCAGAGGGAAACAUAGUGGGAACCCUCCAGUCACAGGUGGGGCCCUCUGGGCUUGAUCCUGGCUGGUAUGGAGCCAGCGAGGGGAAGGAGGUGGAGGGAAGCGUGGGAGAUCGUGGAUGGCUCUUGCCCCAGAGCUGUGCACUCCCGGUGGGACGUGGUGGGAGCUGAACCCCCACAGCACCACUGCUCGUGGCAGGGAAGGCAGCACUGUCCUGCACCGGCAGCUGCUCUGGCCGCUCGGCUAACGUCGGCUCAGGGUCUCACCCGGCCCCUCGGGGGGCCGUCACCAGCAGUAAAACCUCGGGGGGUGCAGCCCUGCCUUGUUCUGCGGGACUGGGGGGGUGGCCACCCCCGUGCCUUCUGGGUUGGGGGCAGCGAAUACUGUGACCUGGCCAGUCCUUGCUGUGGUAGGACAAGUCCACAGCUGGAUCUUGGUCUAAUCCCUUUGGGGUUGUUUUUUUCUUUCCUAGUUUUAUUAAAACAUAAAUGCGAGUGCCA